CUUCUAACGAUUCAACAACCGUGACCCGUAGUUGCGCGAUAGCUUGCCUUUACAUCAAUUUGAUCUCGCAAUAAUAUCGCCCAAUUGUCAAACCCGGCUUUCAAUAUGGAUGACGAAUACGCGAGUUCCGAGAACGAGCAAGAUGAGCUGAUGGAAGAUGCCGAGGACCUCGAGGCCGAGAACGACGCCGAGGAGGAAAACGAGGACGAAGAGGAGGACCAAGACGAACAAGACGAGCCUGAACCAGGGCAGGAAGCGGAGCCCGAAGCUGAAGCCGAAGCCGAAACAGAGUCAUUGGCUACCUCUCAAGCACCCGCUCCCGAAGGCCAACCACCCAGUCAAGAUGCGACUAGUAGCGCAACCGUUGCGCCCACGAGCCCCACGAUCCAGAAUCGAUGGCGUCCGGUCCUGCGGCAAGAGUACAUCGAUGCCCCUCUCUACGAUAUCGUUCCGACUAUGGCAGCGCCCCAGGCCACAAGCGUCAAUGCCAUGGCGAUCACCCCCGACCUGCGGUAUUGGAUAACGGGGGGUUCCGAUGGCUACAUUCGCAAAUACGACGGUAUGGGCACAAUCAAUGGAAAACAACAGCUCACCGUAGCUCAGCGGCAUCCGUUCGUCGAUAGCGUCGUCAAAGCCGGUAUACUGAUGAGCUACUGGGAAAACGAAGAGCCCUCGCCCCCAAAUGCCCGCGCCGAGGACCGGGUUCUGUCGCCGGUUUACAGCCUCGCCGUGCACAGCGGGGCGCUAUGGCUAUUGAGCGGGCUCGAGAGCGGCGGCAUCAACCUGCAGAGCGUGCGUCACGACGAGGGGAAGAGGAUACACUGUCUGCGGGAUGGCGGGCACACCAACGCCGUCAGCGUGCUGCAGCUAGCCUCUGACGAGAAGAGCGUGCUGAGUGGGAGCUGGGACAAGACGGUGCUUGACUGGGAUCUGAAUACCGGCAACGUCAUAAGGCGGUUUGAGGAUAGGGGAGGGCAGAUCUCGGCCAUCGAGUUGCGCCCGCUAAGUGGGGCGCCUAUCCCGGCCGAGGCGAGUGAGCUCGAGGUGAAGAGCGAGACGUUUUUCGCCGAGACGAAACCCCGGGUGAAUGGGUUCUUCCAAAAUGGUGUCACUGAUGAGGCCGGCGGCGCGGAGCACGCAGCUCGCAAUGGCCCGGGGGGAACCGGCGACGGUGCAGGGUCACCAGAACAUGAAUCGCUUUUUGGCAGUCCGGCUGGGUCUCUCUUUGGUGACAAUGACACGAUGGGUGGCGGAGGCGGGGGGGCGUUUGGUGACGACGACGACGAGUUCUCACGGGCUAUGGACAUGGGACUUCACGACGAUGCCAACCACGACGGACUGGACCACUCAGGCGACUUUACUAUGGGUGAUACCGACAUGGCUGGCGGGCCUGCUCUAGACAUGUCAACGACAACCGAGGCACCUCCCCCUACACAGGAUGGCGCAGCCCCUGCCCAGCCCGACUCUCAUGGUGACGUCUCUCGCAGCGACACAUUGACGGCCGAUACGGCUCACGACAUGUCGGUCGACUUCGCCCAAGCACCCGCCACCUCCGAGACCACCCAACAACCCCCCGCCUCCUCCGCUCCCACCGACCAGCAGGCCAAUCCUGCAGAACCCCCUCGCCCCACAUCCUCCCAUACCAACGGCGGCGGGCCUUCCCUAGUCUUCACCUCGGCCGCCCCCCCACCACACACGGACCCGACCCAAUCGUCAACCAGCACCUUCCUCUCCGCCGCCAUCGACGGGCCCAUCCGGCUCUGGGACCGGCGGGUGCCCGACCCCGUAGCCCGCAUCAACAACCGGCGCGGGGUACCGCCCUGGUGCAUGGGGGCGUGCUGGUCGCCGGACGGCAACUGGAUCUACGCGGGGCGGCGCAACGGCACGGUGGAGGAGUACUCGGUCCACAACGCGACGAGCACGUGGAUGCCGGAGCGCACGCUGAAGUUCCCCGCCGGCUCCGGCGCCGUCAGCUGCGUGCGGCCCAUGGCCAACGGCCGCCACCUCGUCUGCGCCUCCCACGACAUCCUGCGCCUGUACGACCUGCGCGACAACUCGGCCUUCAAGCACAGCAAGGUGCCCUUCAUCAUCAUCCCCGGCCCGCCCCGCGCCGGCGUCAUCUCCCAGCUCUAUGUCGACCCCACCUCCCGCGUCAUGAUCUCUACGGCCGGCACCAGGGGGUGGGAUGGCACGUCGACUGAGGUGUUGAUUGGGUACGAGAUUGGCGUGUCUAAGUAGGUAGAUGGGUGUAGAGUAUCCCGGGGUAGGGGGGACGGAUAGGUGGAGGUGAGUGGAAUGGGGUGCGGGCUUUGCUAGAGUUGAGUUGUGUCACGGGUUGAUGGGCGUUGAUAUGCUCUGCGGGUGGUGUGGUGUGGUCUGCAGUGAUGAUGAAUAAGAUAGGUGGUAACUGUGACGCGGUUGGCUUUUAGAAUACCCACGUGGGAUGGCGUUGGAGUUAUCGUGGAAUCGGGGACUAUGGGGGAUCCGGAUCAUUUGCUUCACUUCGUAACAAUUUUAGGCUCGACGUUACUGUGUGGUGCAAACGUCUGGACGCCCCGGCACGCGACAAUGGGCUGCACACACAUCUUAAAAGAAACAAGACUUGAUCAACAAAUUUGACGCGGCAAUGGUGACAAAACAACGCUCGUUAAAUUAAACUAACAAAUGUACGCUACGCUCCACACCUGGCUCCCCAUCCCUCCUCCUAA